CUACCCCAAAUUUCACUCUUUUUGAAUGAAAAUUAAAACCCAACGCCAUCGAAACUGCUUCUGCUUCUCUGCUUCUCUCUCUCUCUCUCUCUCUCUCUCUCUCCUGUCAACUAAAGUUCACUAACUCUCGCUCUGGUCUCCAUCGGUAAUCAAUUGACAACAAUCUGACAGCAGAGUUCUUCUCUCCUUGUUGCAGAAUAUGAGUAGUUUGGUCGAGAGGCUUCGUGUAAGAUCAGAUCGUAAACCUAUUUACAAUUUAGAUGAUUCAGAUGAUGAUGCUGAUCUUGUGCGUGGGAAAUCUGGGACAACCGGGGAGAAGGUUGAAAGGAUAGUCAGAACUGAUGCGAAAGAUGAUUCAUGUCAAGCCUGUGGCGGCAGUGGGAAUCUCCUGUGCUGUGAAACAUGUACUUAUGCUUACCAUCCCAAGUGUUUACUUCCACCGCUAAAAGCUCCUCUUCCAAGCAAUUGGAGAUGCCCUGAAUGCGUUAGCCCUCUAAAUGAUAUUGAUAAGAUAUUGGACUGUGAAAUGCGACCUACUGUUGCUGAUGAUAGUGAUGCCUCUAAGCUGGGAUCAAAGCAAAUAUUUGUCAAACAAUAUCUUGUUAAGUGGAAAGGGUUAUCUUAUCUUCACUGCACAUGGGUACCAGAGAAAGAGUUCUUAAAAGCUUACAAAACACAUCCUCGUUUGAAGAUGAAAGUAAACAACUUUAAACGUCAAAUGUCAUCAACGAAUAACUCAGAAGAUGAGUUCGUGGCUAUUCGGCCUGAAUGGACUACUGUUGAUCGGAUUAUUGCUUGCAGGGGAGAUGAUGAUGAGAAGGAGUAUCUCGUGAAAUGGAAAGAGCUUAACUAUGAUGAAUGUUAUUGGGAAUUUGAAUCUGAUAUUUCAUCAUUUCAACCUGAAAUUGAUAAAUUUAACAGUAUUCAGUCUAGAAAUCGCAAAAAAUCUACAAGUAAGCAGAAGAACAGUCCUCAUGAUGCCAUAGAAUCGAAAAAGAAGCAGAAAGAAUUUCAACAGUAUGAACACAGUCCUGAUUUCCUUUCUGGAGGCUCACUGCACCCGUAUCAGCUAGAAGGAUUGAACUUCCUACGCUUCUCAUGGUCCAAACAAACGCACGUGAUACUUGCAGAUGAAAUGGGCCUUGGCAAAACAAUACAGAGCAUUGCUUUUUUAGCAUCUCUUUUUGGAGAGAAUAUCACUCCACAUUUGGUAGUAGCGCCCCUUUCAACAUUGCGGAAUUGGGAACGUGAAUUUGCAACAUGGGCACCACAAUUGAACGUUGUUAUGUAUGUUGGUUCUUCCCAAGCUCGUGUUGUUAUUAAGGACUAUGAAUUUUACUUGCCUAAAAAUUCUAAGAAGAUCAAGAAAAAGAAAUCUGGUCACAUUGUUGGUGAGAGCAAGCAGGACAGGAUAAAAUUUGAUGUCCUCCUAACAUCGUAUGAAAUGAUUAACAUGGAUAGUGCCUCAUUGAAGCCAAUAAAGUGGGAGUGUAUGAUUGUUGAUGAAGGUCAUCGUCUCAAGAAUAAGGAUUCGAAAUUGUUUCUUGCACUGAAGCAGUACUCUAGUAGACAUCGUGUCCUUUUGACUGGAACUCCUCUUCAGAACAACCUUGACGAACUUUUCAUGCUCAUGCACUUCCUUGAUGCUGGGAAGUUUGGAAGUUUAGAGGAGUUCCAGGAGGAGUUCAAGGAUAUCAAUCAAGAGGAGCAGGUGUCAAGGCUUCAUAAAAUGUUGGCCCCCCAUCUCCUUAGAAGAGUGAAGAAGGAUGUAAUGAAGGAGCUACCUCCUAAAAAGGAGCUGAUUUUGCGUGUGGAAUUGAGUAGUAAGCAGAAGGAAUACUACAAGGCCAUUCUGACUCGUAAUUAUCAGAUCCUAACUCGUCGAAGUGGUCCCCAGAUUUCUCUUAUCAACGUGGUUAUGGAAUUGCGGAAGCUUUGUUGUCACCCAUAUAUGUUAGAAGGACUUGAACCUGAUAAUGCAAAUGAGUUUUACAAACAGCUGCUGGAAUAUUCUGGCAAAUUGCACCUUUUGGAUAAAAUGAUGUUGAAGCUUAGGGAGGGUGGUCAUAGAGUUCUGAUAUAUACACAAUUUCAGCAUAUGCUGGAUCUACUAGAAGAAUAUUGUUCCUUUAGGAAAUGGCAAUAUGAGCGGAUUGAUGGAAGAGUUGCUGGUGCUGAUAGACAAAUUCGAAUAGAUCGGUUUAAUGCCAAGAAUUCUUCCAGAUUUUGUUUUCUGCUAUCUACCAGAGCUGGGGGUUUGGGAAUAAACCUUGCAACUGCUGACACGGUUAUUAUAUAUGACAGUGAUUGGAAUCCCCAUGCUGAUUUACAAGCAAUGGCAAGAGCUCAUCGACUUGGGCAAACAAAUAAGGUAAUGAUUUAUCGGCUUGUAACACGAGGGACCAUUGAAGAAAGGAUGAUGCAGAUGACCAAGAAGAAAAUGGUUUUGGAACAUCUAGUUGUCGGGAGGCUCAAAGCACAAAACAUUAACCAGGAAGAAUUGGAUGAUAUCAUAAGGUAUGGCUCAAAGGAGCUGUUUGCUGAUGAGAAUGAUGAAGCAGGAAAAUCCCGGCAAAUUCAUUAUGAUGAUGCUGCGAUUGAUAGGUUACUUAACCGUGACCAAGUUGGAGAUGAAGAGACUACUUUAGAUGAUGAAGAGGAAGAUGGAUUUUUGAAGGCCUUUAAGGUAGCAAAUUUUGAAUACAUUGAGGAAGUAGAAGCAGGAGCCCGAGCAGCAGAGGAAUUACAAAAUGCACCCACAGAGAAUAAAACUACGACAAACAAUACAGAAAGAGGUAGUUAUUGGGAAGAUUUGUUAGGAGACAGAUACGAAGUGCAUAAAAUUGAAGAGUUUAAUGCCAUGGGCAAGGGAAAGAGAAGUCGUAAACAGAUGGUCUCCGUUGAAGAAGAUGACCUUGCGGGUUUGGAGGAUGUAAGCUCCGAUGGUGAAGAUGAUAACUAUGAAGCUGAAUUGACUGAUGGCGAGACAGCUCCAGCUGGAACUCCAAUUUCAAGAAAACCUUACAAAAAGAAAGCCCGUGUGGAUGGUACAGAACCACUUCCUUUGAUGGAAGGUGAAGGGAGAUCAUUCAGAGUAUUGGGGUUCAAUCAAAAUCAAAGGGCUGCAUUUGUCCAAAUUUUGAUGAGAUUUGGAGUUGGGGACUUUGACUGGUCAGAGUUUACGCCACGCUUGAAGCAGAAGACGUUUGAAGAAAUUAAAGAUUAUGGAACUCUUUUUUUAACUCACAUUGCUGAAGAUAUCACUGACUCACCAACCUUUUCAGACGGUGUUCCGAAGGAAGGACUAAGAAUACAUGAUGUACUUGUUAGGAUUGCAGUCUUACUUUUGAUAAGGGACAAGGUGAAGGUUUCAUUAGAAAAGCCAGGGCCCCACCUUUUUGCAGAUGAUAUUGUAUCUCGCUUCCCCGGUUUGAAAAGCGGAAGGUUUUGGAAGGAGGAGCAUGAUCUAUCACUACUGCGAGCUGUGUUAAAGCAUGGUUAUGGACGAUGGCAAGCUAUUGUUGAUGAUAAAGAUUUGAGGGUCCAAGAGAUCAUUUGUAAGGAGCUGAAUCUCCCCUUCAUAAAUCUCCCUGUCCCAGGAGCUUCUCAAUCACAAAAUGGUGCAAAUACCGUUCAUGCAGAAACCCCUGGCAGUCAGUUGGGGCCUACUGGUGGUGGGAGUGAUUUUGCCGCUGGUAUUGCCCAGGGGGCGACUGAUGCUGUAAACCGAGCCCAGUUAUACCAGGAUUCUUCUAUAUUAUAUCAUUUUAGAGAGAUGCAGAGAAGACUGGUUGAAUUUAUCAAGAAAAGGGUGCUUCUUUUGGAGAAGGCUCUCAAUGCAGAGUACCAGAAGGAAUUCUUUGGUGAUGAAAAACCUAAUGAGAUCCUUAAUGAUGAGCUGGGGAAUGAGUCCAAGGUUAUAGAUAUAGCAGGUCCAAGCUCCAUGGGAAUUGAUGCCCAAAUGAUUGAUCAGCUGCCUCAAAUAGAAGUGGUUUCUCCAGAAGAAAUUUCAGCAGCUGCUUGUGAUAAUAAACCAGAUCGUCUGAGGACAGCUCAGCUUUACAAUGAGAUGUGCAAGUUACUGGCAGAAAAUGUACAUGAUUCGUUGGAGGCGCACUUGGCAAACAAACCGGCAGGUUUCAAGUUGAGAAAGAACCUCAUUCCACUGGAAGCCAUUUAUCAAGAGAUAACCCGAAUUCUUCCUCCCAUGCCACAGAAUUCCCCAAGUUUGGAACAUGUGGUAUCAAAUGCUGAUCAGCAGUCACAUGUUGAAACACCAACAAACAUUACAGGAUUUAGUUCAACUACAAAAGAAGAUCACAAUGCUGAUGCAGUAACAAAGAUUCCAACAACAGAAUCAGGAGAUCAGACAGAAAGUAGUAAAUUAACAGAACAAGAUCUACAGAAAGAAAAGAGCAACUCUCCGUGUAAUGUUGCUGCUGCAGAUUCAUCUCCGAAUAAUCCUACUCGUUCUCCUCAGAAUGAACCUACUUCUCCGCCCAAUGGAACUGCUGGUGAUGUGGAAAUGGUAGAAGAGCAGCAUGCUGCUGUUUCUAAUGAUAAUGCUCCAGCUAAUGGAUGUAGAGAUGAACCCGGCUCUGGAGUAAUUGUUUUGGAUGAUUAAAUUUCAUGAAAAUGACAUUACUGGACUCGUCAUCUUACCGUUUUGCUUUUCUACAGUGAAGAAGAAAAAAAUGUGCUGUCUGAGUCUAAUCACCACUAUUCUGUAUCAAUAUUUUUGCAUUGCACAAGUUAUACUGAAAAUCUUGUAGAUUCCCAAAUUUGGGGGCUUACUGAACACAGCUGUUGGUGCCUUGGUGUUUGUAAUACAAAAUUCUAUCGAGCAAUUUAAUGAAUGUGCUCCUCUGGAGUUUCUAAUUUGAUUAUUCGAAUCUUUUUUAUGUAUUAAUAUGAGGGGUUCUUUGGAUUUUUUUAAUAUUCCAUAAA